CCCCUUCCAAUAUCAUACCCAGAUUCUUUCUCUCUCUCUAACUAUGUUGAUGUUGAAGUUCAAGUUCAAACUGGUGGUAUGAUUUUUAAACUCUUUAUCUCGUAAUAAAUCAAUAUUUAUCCUUCAUUAAUUAUUCACACACGAAGUAAUUCUCUCUCCUCCUUAUCUCUAUUUUCUAUUUCUGUGUUGAACAAAAGUGGGAUGUAUGUAACUGACACAGCUCCAACUAUGAAUGCUUUCUUGUGCUUCUUUGAAAACACCCACUUUACAUCUGUCAAUUACAUAAACAGCUGAACCAAACUAAAACUAACCACUCUCAGGAAACAAAUCUCUGGUACAAACUGGUUUUACCAUGAUUUUGGUCCUCCUUUCAGACCCUACACCUCUCUCUCUCUCCAAUCUCAGCUCCUCAUUCUGUCUUUCUCUCUCUCUAAAGUCCCACCCCUCCUGUAAUCUGUAUAUAAAGUCCACUCCAACAUUCUAUCUCCUCAAGGCCCAGUGACCCACUUUCAGUUCUUCUUCUCCUCUAUCCAUUCUCUUUACUUUCUCUCUCUAAAAUCAAAGACCCUUCUGGUUAUUUACCUAAAGAUGAGUGAGAAAACAUCUUCUUGUGACCUGAAUUCAAAAACCCACUUGGAGGUUUUCAAGAAUUUCAAGCGCUGGAAUCGUUUGAAGCCCUCACAGGGGGUUCUUGGAUUCUUCUCUCUCGCUGUUUGCUUCCUUUUCUGCUUCUUUUACUUGGAUUAUCGAGCUGUGACGCGAGGGUUUCGCUCUGGUGGGCGGCCCGGGUUUAUCACGUGGUUCGGGUUAAACGGGACUUCAUCAUCGGGUGGAAAUAUUGGACGGCUGGGAUUUCUUGAAGAAGGUGGUGAUGGGUGUGAUGUUUUUGAUGGCAAUUGGGUCUGGGAUGAGAGUUAUCCACUGUAUCAGUCCAAAGAUUGUCUGUUCAUUGAUGCUGGCUUUCGAUGUUCUGAGAAUGGUAGGCCUGAUAAUUUCUACACCAAGUGGCGUUGGCAACCUCAAGAUUGCAAUCUUCCCAGAUUUGAUGCAAAGAAUAUGUUGGAAAAGCUGCGGGAUCGUCGUGUUGUAUUUGUUGGUGAUUCAAUUGGAAGAAACCAAUGGGAGUCCCUUCUCUGCAUGCUCUCUUCUGUGGUUCCUAAUAAAACUUCAAUAUACGAAGUGAAUGGGAGCCCAAUCACUAAACACACAGGGUUCUUGGUGUUCAAGUUUGAGGAUUUCAAUUGCACUGUCGAGUACUACAGAGCUCCAUUUUUAGUGCUGCUGAGUCGGCCUCUAGCUGGAGCUCCAGAAAAGGUGAAGACUACUUUGAAGCUGGAUCAAUUGGAUUGGAGCUCUGUGCAGUGGAAAGGUGCAGAUGUGCUGGUUUUCAACACGGGACACUGGUGGAAUUAUGAGAAGACCAUUAGAGGGGGUACUUACUUCCAAGAAGGGGAGGAGGUGAAGAUGAAGAUGAGUGUAGAACGUGCAUAUCGGACGGCAAUCGAGACGCUGCUGAACUGGAUAAGUACUGAAAUAAAGAUGAACGAGACCCAGGUCUUAUUUCGAAGCUAUGCUCCAGUGCAUUUCAGUGGUGGUGACUGGAAGACUGGUGGUAGUUGUCACCUGGAGACGCUCCCUGACUUGGGUUCAUCUCUGGUUUCAUCCGAAACAUGGGUUCAAUUACCGAUUGUCAUUGAUGUGUUAUCAAAUUUCUCUAAGGCAGCAGAAGAGGGGAAAGUGGAUUUAUUGAAUGUGACAUAUAUGACAUCACGGAGGAAAGAUGGCCACUCAUCCUUGUAUUAUUUAGGACCCAAUGAGGGACUUGCUCCUUUCCACCGGCAAGACUGUAGCCACUGGUGUUUGCCUGGUGUCCCUGAUUCAUGGAACGAGCUUCUGUAUGCACUCUUCCUCAAAUGGGAGCACAUUCGCCCACGAAAUUCAACAAAACCUUCUCAAGCCACACUCUGAUUCGCAUAGAAACCUUUCUAACUACAUCAGCAUCUUGAAGAACUCUGUGGGAAAGUUUGCAUCUCACCUAGAACCAACACAUGCCGACUUUUUUCUAUUCAUUCUCACAGAAGGGAUAUGCUUGUGCUGGCUCUUAUCCGGUCAUUGCAUCUCUGGUUCUUCAUAUGAUUGAUAAUUCUUCAUACAUCAUUAUACAUGUUUUGACGUAAACAAGGUUAAAACUUGUUCAACUUGGUGAAUAUAGUUGUCCGUUUCUACGAUGACGUGUCUCGCAUCGAUUGAUCAACUGAUGAUCUUGAGAUGCAUAGACGGAGAGGAGCCAGAUCUUGAGAAGUUGGAAAUGUUGGAGGGAUGCUGGGGAAAGUCUUGGCAGCCGAAUUUAAAUUGUCACCAGAUGCCAAUAUGGAUGGUAUUUAGGUUGUUAAAUUAUUGGUUCCUAGUGCAAAUUGAUAGUUAACAGGAGAUAUACACACAAAUAUUAGAUAGUAAUUGUAAGAUAUUGCCAUUCAUCAAUAGAGAGAAAAUUGAGUUAAAAAAAAAAAAAAAAUAGAGAGAAAAUUAUACUUGUAGCAUUAUUGGACAUUUGUCUACUGUAUUUUGUAUAUGAAGAAAGAUUGGAAAGAUAUUGCCAUAUGUUCUUUUUUGUCUAUAAUUAUAUUUAUGAACGGCUGAAUUUUGUGUGGAA